AUGGAGGCGCCCCUGGUCAGUCUGGAGGAGGAGUUCGAGGAGGGAGCCGGGGACGAUGGGGGGUCCCUGCAGCGCCCUGCGGACCCGGCGCUGGCCGAGCUGGAGAGCUUCUCUGCAGAGAUGAUGAGCUUCAAGUCCAUGGAGGACCUGGUGCAGGAGUUCGACGAGAAGCUCACCGUGUGCUUCCGCAACUACGACGCCGCCACCGAGGGCCUGGCGCCCGUGCGGGGGCGGCUGCAGGCGCAGGAGGAGGAGGAGCGGCUGCGGGAUGAGGAGGUCUGGGAUGCUCUGACCGAUGGCUUUGCCCCCCGGAGCUCUCCUCGGCCGUGGCAGCUCCCUGGGACUGAGGCCCUUGAUGGCACCGACCCCCAGCUCGGCGGGAAGGAGGAGGAGGAGGAAGAGGAGGAAGAGCUCACUGAGAGGAGUGAGCAGGACUCUGGGAUCAAUGAGGAGCCGCUGCUGACAGCUGAGCAGGUCAUCGAGGAGCUGGAGGAGCUCAUGCAGAGUUCACCUGACCCCGAGGCUGACCCUGAGGGUGAGGAGGAAGAGGAAGAGGAUGAAGAGGAGGAGGAAGAAACCAAGGCUGAUGCUGAAGGCAAAGGUGGUGGAGGGGGCACGGAGCCCAUCCUGCUGCGGGAGCUGCAUGCUUUCUCCCCUGCCUUCAACAACAACUGCUCCCACGAAGGGCUGGGGCAGCUGUCGGCGCGGGAGCUGCUGGCGGCCGCGGGCCGGGCGGAGGCGGCGAGCCGGGCGCUGUCGGCGGAGCUGGUGGCGCAGCUGGCGCGGAGGGACGAGCUGGCCUUCGAGAAGGAGGUGAAGACAGCGUUCAUCGGGGCCCUGCUGGCCGUGCAGGGCGAGCAGCGAGAGCAGCGAGAGGCCGCCCGGCGCCGCCGCAGGGACAAGGGGCUGAGCCUGCAGGGGACACGGGGCUCCGAGCGAGGCAGCCACAUGCCCCGCAAGCGCUUCAGCAUGGAGGGCAUCUCCAGCAUCCUGCACUCCGGCCUGCGCCAGACUUUUGGUCCUACCACCAACGAGAAGCAGUACCUGAACACAGUGAUUCCCUAUGAGAAGAAGGGCUCACCACCCUCUGUUGAGGACCUGCAGAUGCUCACCAACAUCCUGUUUGCCAUGAAGGAGGGGAAUGAGAAGGUGCCCACUCUGCUCACAGAUUACAUCCUCAAAGUGCUCUGCCCAACCUGA